AUGAUACACACACACACACACAAGGCAUCAUAUAUAUAUAUAUAUCAUGAGUGGACACACACAAGGCAUCAUAUGAUCAGCAAUGGAACAAGCAACCUCCUUCCCUGCAACAAAGAGGUAUGCAGUUGUGACAGGAGCAAAUAGAGGGAUAGGGUUGGAAGUUUGCAAGCAGUUGGCCUCCAAUGGAGUGACGGUAGUGUUGACUGCCAGAGAUGAGAAGAAGGGCAUUGAAGCCCUUGAAGGGCUCAAAGGGUUUGGUCUCUCUGGUCAUCUGCUUUUUCAUCAGCUUGACCUAUUAGACCCUCGUAGCAUUGUUUCAUUGGCUGAUUUCAUCAAAACCCAGUUUGGGAAGCUUGAUAUCUUGGUGAAUAAUGCGGCAGUUGGCGGGAUCAUAGUGGAUUCUGAAGCAUUAGCAGCUUCAAGAGGGAGAGAAGGAGCUGAAAUUGACUGGAGAAAGAUCAAUUGGAAAGAGAUUACAACACAAACUUACAGUUUGGCUGAACAGUGUUUGGAAACAAACUACUAUGGGGCAAAAAGAAUGAUUGAAGCAUUCAUUCCCCUCCUCCUCUUAUCAGAUUCAGCAAGAAUCAUUAACGUUUCCUCCGGUGUUGGGCAGUUACAGUUUGUACUCAAUGAAGGGGCUGUGGGAGUUCUAAGCAAUGCUGAAACACUUACUGAAGACAGAGUGGAUGAGGUGUUGAAUGUGUUCAUGAAAGAUUUCAAAGAGGGUUUGCUGGAAGCCAAGAACUGGCCAACCUAUCUUUCUGCAUACACAUUAUCAAAAGCUGCCAUAAAUGCCUACACAAGGGUCCUGGCCAAGAAGCAUCCAGACUUGAUGAUUAACUGUGUCAACCCUGGCUAUGUGAAAACAAAUGGUAUUGGUGUCUUAACUGUGGAAGAAGGUGCCCAAAGUCUGGUGAGAUUAGCCCUCCUUCCUGGGGGUGGCCCUUCUGGCAUGUAUUUUUCUAGAAUGGAAGCAUCAGGUUUCUGAAAAUUACAUUUUGUAAUAUGGGUAUUGCUGAAUAUGAAUUCUGAAAAUUGCUAUUUCA